AUGUCUGAUUCCAAUAAAGAAAAGAAAGAUUCUAAAAGAAGCAUUGUUAGUCGAUAUAAAAAUCAUGAUGAAUUAGAUAUAAAUGAUGUGUCUUCAAUAUUAUUGGACCAGUAUAAAAUUAUUGGUGGAAGGAAAUCCUUAAAUACUCAUGAAGGGACUUACGUUAUUCCAUCAGAUGAACUGGAGCUUAGACGACUGGAAGUCGCUCAUGUGUUAAACAGAUAUGCGUGGAAAGGAAAUUUUAGCGCACCAGUUGAAGAAAAGCUAAAAACUG